UCCGAACUACAAACGCAUGCGGUGAUUCCUCCGCCCGUCCACACGAGGAGAAAGACAUGGACUGUUCUCCUGCCGCUGUGCCCUCGGCCUCUGUCUUUGCCUCCUCUGUGAGUGCCACUGCGAUGCCUCGGGGCGCCUCCGCCUUGCAGCAGCUGGACCAAGAGCAGAUUAAAAAAGCGGUGGAAGUUCUGUUUACACAGUCCAAGUCCAGAAAAAACAACAAUGGAUUGCUUUUGAAUGAGAAUGAUAAUUUGUUUUUAAUGGUGAUAUUAUGGAAAAUCCCAGAGAAAGAGCUGCGAGUCCGAUUGUCCUUGCCUCAUAAUAUUCGAUCACAUUUAUCCGAAAUCUGUUUAUUUACCAAAGAUGAAUGUGAAUCACCUGAACAGACAGAACGUUUCUUUAAGAAGCAACUGAAAAAGCAUGGCGUUAAAACCAUCUCUCGGAUUAUCCCUUUCCAAACUUUAAAAAAGGAAUAUAAAGCCUAUGAGGCCAAGCUCAACCUCCUGAGUAGCUUUGAGUUCUUCAUUACUGAUGAAAGAAUUAGACGGCUUUUACCCACACACAUAGGAAAGCAUUUCUAUCAAAGGAAGAAAGUUCCAGUACCUGUAAACCUUCUCGCCAAGAAUUUGUCCAAAGAGAUCAAUGACUGUAUCAGUGGGACAGUCUUAAACAUCUCCAAAAGUGGUUCUUGCAGUACUAUACGCAUCGGUCACACUGGAAUGGAGACCCAGCACAUCAUUGAAAACAUCUUGGCUGUCUCAAAAAAGCUUUCAGAAAUACUGCCAGAGAAAUGGCAGAGUGUGAAACUUCUGUUCCUGAAAACUGAGAAGUCAGUUUCCCUUCCCAUCUUUUCCUCAUUUGUCACCUGUCAGGAUGAAAAGAAUAUAUCCUUCCGCAGCUUGAAGAAAAAGGAGGCAAAGAGAAAAAUAAAAGAAAGAAAAUACCAUGAAAAACAGAAGUUGAAGAACAGAAGCAGAAUGUUAGGACAAAAGGCCAAAACUGAUGCAUCAGUCCCACUGCAGGGUGGCUUGGCUCCUAAAACUGGUGCUGCCCCAGUGAAGGGCCCUGGGUCCCAGAAGAAAAAGACUGGCAAAGCAAAAGCUCAACCUAAGGUGAUAGAACAAUGUGAAGAAGAAAUUCCACAACUGAUACCAAUAGGGGAAAGUCCAGCUAAAGAAAAUGUGAAGAUGCAAAAAGAUGUCACAGAAAGAAAAACUCCAAAAAAGAGUCCUGGUCCAAAUACACCUCAUAGCAAGAAGAGAAAGGCCCUGUCAGCUGUAGAGACCCCAGAAUCUUCAGGCCGUGGGACCCCAGGGAACAGCCCAGGGAAGAAGCGAAAAAUGGAACAGGAGAAAGAAAAAACAUCUUCGCUGCUAAAAAAAGACCCGAGGCAGACUCCAAAAAAGCCAGAGGCCAGGUUUUUCGCUACUCCCAGGAAAUCUGCAAAGAAAGCAACCAGCAUCUCCCAAAACUGAAAACAAACCAGUUGGCCCAGUCAGCUUGAAACCAGCACCUCAACCUGAAAAAAAUAUCAGUUACCUUUAGGGCUUUUGGUGAGGGGGGCGGGGUGUUCUUUUUGAGACAGGCUCUCCAUGUAGCUCCUGCUGCCUGGGACUCACAGGAUCCACUUGCUUCUGCCUCCCCAGUGUUGGGAUUAAAGGCAUGUGCCACCACGCCCUACACCUCAAGCUUUUUAAGAAUAAACUUAGAUGUGGGGGUGUGCACCUGUAUCCCUAGCACUCAGGAAGCUGAAGUUGGAGAGUCAGAAGUUUGAAGGAAGCCUGGGAUACAGCGAAACUGUCUCAAAUAAAACUCCAGUCCUGGGUAGGGAUGUAACUCAGUGGUAGAGUACUUCCCUAAUAGCAUGCUCAAGGGCCUAGAUUCAGUACCUAGCACUGCCAAAACAAGCAAUAUAUUACAUACACACACUGUACUCUGGUCCUGACUCAUAACCAUUUGCAACAGUGAGGCUUGGUAAAAUGUUUUUGUAAAAUUUCCACAGGUGAUUGUAAAAAUCAGGAGGUGAGGUAAAAUCUAUUUUUAAUUGUUCUGUGUAUUUGCUGACAGAUUGCUUCUCUAUGAGUGUGUUUUUUAUUAAAAAGUUUAACAUCUG